UGCAGUGUGUUGGUCUGAGUGUGGUGUGUGAUAUCUUGCUCUGUUACUUACCACAAUCUCAGCCUUGUGGUCAAACAGAUGAACAUUAUAUUUUGCAGAUCCUGUUGUAUGAAUAUGGACCUACCAUAGUGGACCGGCUCGGUCAUCAAGUCCUUUCGCAGUCUGAACAAUGCAAACUAAUACGGCAUGAGCGAAAGAUCGGGUUGGCGAAUUUCAAAAGGUACUGAUCAUGCGCACGUUAGGUCGCCGGUGGUGCAUUUGCGACCUCGAGGAUUCAAAGAGACGGUAUUCUGCCUUGUUGAAUACAUACGAUCUGCGUGGCACAUGGGUUCAGUCCCCAGACGUCCGAGAUGAACAUGGUGUUGGUAUCCAUGUAGGCGACUACAAGACCAAACUUGAAGAGGGAGCCAUCGUCGAGCUAGAGGUGAUCUUAAAACUAUGGACUAUCAAACCACGCAACAAUCCUAUCAACCCCCAUGAUGCCCAGGGGUCUCGCGUGUAUCAGAUCAUGCUCCAGCACAUGCAGCUUCUGCUAUGUGCUAAAUAUAUGCAGACCGCUUUCGUGGACUCACUAAGCGCUAAGGAAGGGAAAAGAAGGGCCGUGGACGAGGCAGUUGACCAGUCGCCAUCUAAAAAAGGUUUCUUUACCACUAUGCUUGAAGAUGACGAGCCGGAGUACGAUAUGAUCGAGUAGAUUCGAGCU